UGCAAACACAGGACAACCUCUCCACACUUUGAUUUCCAUACCAGCAGUUGUGAUGAGAUAAAAAAAAAAGAUGCUUUUAAAAAAUAGCAUUUUGAAAUCAGCACUUGGCUUUUAAAGUCUAACAAGCAUGAGCCAACUAAAAUAAGUAUUUUUUAAUGGCAAACAGUGUUUAAUACAACGCUAUACCCGCUUACUCUACUUUUUAAAGCAGUGCUUAAAGGCAUUAACAGAAUCUGAAAGUGAAAUAUGAACAUCAAGACAAGCAUUUAAUCUCCCUGUUUGGAGGUGACUUAUCAACAUCACAGCUAAGGGGCGGGUCAUGACUCAGUUGCCAUGCGUGUUGUCAUGGUGACCAGCCCCUGCACCCCUUCCCCCCUCCUUUGGUUGGUCCACCUUCUGUUGUGGCUUCACAACCAUGGACCUCAGUUGACAGAGGCAGCACCCGCCUGUCCCAGCCUAUGUACCUGCUCCAAUCAGGCGAGCCGUGUCAUCUGUACCCGGAAGGGUUUAGACCAAGUUCCAGACAGUAUUUCAGACAAAACAAGAUACCUCAAUUUACAAGAAAACACCAUCCAGGUGAUCAAAUCAGACACAUUUAAACAUCUGAGGCAUUUGGAAAUCCUGCAGCUCUCGAAGAACCACAUUCGAGAAAUUGAGGUGGGAGCUUUCAAUGGCCUUCCCAACCUCAACACGCUGGAGCUUUUUGACAACCGUCUCACCGUGGUACCAUCAUUAGCCUUUGAGUACCUUAGCAAGCUACGAGAACUAUGGCUCCGAAACAACCCUAUCGAGACACUGCCGGCAUUUGCCUUUCACCGUGUCCCCUCGUUACGGCGUCUUGACCUGGGAGAACUGCGGAAGUUGGGUUUCAUUUCAGAGGCAGCCUUUGAGGGCCUGGUCAACUUGCGUUUUUUGAACCUGGGAAUGUGUGGCUUAAAGGAUAUCCCAAAUCUAACUCCACUAGUAAAACUAGAGGAGCUAGAGUUAUCAGGAAACCAACUAGGAAUUGUCCGACCUGGAUCCUUUCAGGGCUUGGUGUCACUUCGCAAGCUGUGGUUAAUGCACUCCAGGGUGUCAGUAAUUGAGCGCAAUGCUUUUGAUGACCUCAAAAACUUGGAGGAGCUUAACCUGUCCCAUAAUUCCCUACAUUCUUUGCCCCAUGACCUCUUCACUCCUUUGCACCAGUUGGAAAGAGUACAUCUGAACCACAACCCUUGGGUGUGCAAUUGUGAUGUUCUGUGGCUCAGUUGGUGGCUGAAGGAGACAGUUCCAAGUAACACUACUUGUUGCGCACGCUGCCAUGCUCCUCCAGGUCUCAAAGGCAAGUACAUUGGGGAACUAGACCAGAGCCACUUCACCUGCUAUGCCCCAGUGAUUGUGGAGCCACCUACUGACCUUAAUGUCACAGAGGGUAUGGCUGCAGAGCUAAAGUGUCGCACUGGGACUUCCAUGACUUCUGUCAAUUGGUUCACUCCAAACGGGACCCUGAUGACACAUGGUUCAUACAGAGUAAGGAUUUCUGUGCUACAUGAUGGUACUCUCAACUUCACAAAUGUGACUGUGCAGGACACUGGACAGUACACAUGCAUGGUAACCAACUCUGCCGGAAACACCACCGCAAGUGCAGUUCUCAAUGUUACUGCCACAGACCCAAACAACAGCUACAGCUAUUUCACCACUGUAACUGUAGAAACUGUAGACAAAGUUGACACACAUGAGCAAGCCAGACAGGAUAUUAAUGAGACUAUCAUUGAAUUCCCAGUUCCAACUAUUAAUGGAGGGGUGUUAGAUGGUCGUUCUGGCAUCACAAUAUCCCCCUCUUUCUCCUCUCUGUCCUCACUGGCUCCUGGAGCCAUUAAUGAUGCCGUUACCGUGUCUAUUAUCGAUGUGACAAAUAUUCCUGGUCUAGAUGAUGUCAUGAAAACUACCAAGAUCAUCAUUGGCUGUUUUGUGGCUAUUACCUUUAUGGCAGCUGUAAUGUUGGUGGUUUUCUAUAAACUCAGAAAGCAGCAUCAGUUACAUAAGCAUCACGGCCCUGCCAGAGCAAUUGAGAUUGUCAAUGUGGAGGAUGAGCUUGGAGCAGGAGCAGGUAGUGGGAUCUCUGGUGGAUCUACUAUGAAUUCUGGCACCAGUGGAGAGGGAACCCUAAGGAUACAUCAUCCCGAAAUUGUUAACAUUCCCAGUAUUGGUCGAACGGAUACCCUCAACCAUUAUUACAAGACCCAUCAUUUCAACAACAAUGUGAUGGGUCUUAGUAUUGGAGAAGGAAUAGGAUCUGGAGGUACACUCAGUAGCAAGAACCCUCCAUGUCUGGACAUGCCAAUCUCUUGCACCUCUGUCCCCAUCUCCACCUCUAAUCUCCUCACAACAUCAGGAAAUGGCACCAACACCAGUUCUAUGUCGCCUCCUCUGCCCAUGUCUCUACCCAUGCCCACUAUGGGCCUUCACGGAUCAAUCAAAGGUUUUAUGGGCCAGAGCCAGAAUCCUCAAAUGGAGCCUCUUCUAUUUAAGGGAAACUCAAAAGAGAAUGUCCAGGAAACUCAGAUUUAAAAACAGAGGAAGGGAAAGGGACAGGAAAGAGUCACAGACACAGAGAGGAGAUUGAUAUGGUUUAUGCACUAACCAUAAGACACUAGUGCAUUGACAUUAACCUGGAACGAGGAAAGACUGGAGCGGCAAUACAAACUCAUAGACUAUUUGUGACAGUGUACUGAGCCAAGGAUUGGACUACAAUGGGCCACUUGUGUUGUAGUAACGAUCAUGGCCAUUGAAAGAAAGAAAUUCUACUAUGUAAAUCUGUGCCAAAGCAAAUGUUUUUUGCAAUUUCUAAAAGCUCAUAGAAAAAAAACUAGCCUUUUAGAGGAAUCAGUCUCAACAUUGUGGUUGGCCAGCAGAGAUGAAAGACAUGCACAGCACUUACCACUCUGAUGGAGACAGUAUUAUAAAACUAAAUUCAAGUGACGUUUUUCUUCACAAAACUCAAGCCACACUCAAGUGACUCAAAAGACUCCUUCAAGGUGACAAUUAUGUAGGCAUAUACAGACGGACAAAAAGGUACAGUGCAGUACAAACUACUGUGAAAAAUCCACAAAUUAUAUAAAUAUAUUUUCAUUUAAAAAUGUAUCAUUGCAGACUCCAAUGCAGAGAUAUUUUGGGGUGGAUGUAUGAGCUGGUCGACUUUGUUUCUUUGUUAAUAAUCAGGGUGGCAAUGGAGGAAGUUGGUUAUGAUACGUGUUUUCAGUUUGGCUACUACUCAGAAACAUAAGGGCUCAAUUGCAACACUCAUUGUGAAUCUUGAAUUGGCUUUGUGACAUGAAGUCCAUUUAGGUUAUAGAACAGUAAUUGCAGAUCUCUGUUUGACAAACUUUUGUCUGUUGCUUCAGUAAUAAUCAUUACAAACUUUUGUGUUCUGAAAGUGUAUUAUGUAUUUUGUAAAAGCCAGCUAUUUGGUAUUGAAUUGACAAUUCUGAUACUGAUGCCAGCAUCAAAACAUGGUAAAACAGUGUUUGACAAACAUGGAGAUGUGCUCUGAUGCACCGACCUGUCUGGGUCAAAUAAAGUGUUGACAGUGUGUUAUUUGAAUUAGCGCAGUAGCCAGAUAUUUGCUUUUAGAGAGGAAUUUGAUACAACCUCCUUGCUCAUGGUUACCAUAAACAUGCCAUAAAAUGCUGUCAUAAGGAUGACUAGACAUCUAUCUGCAGCAGCAUUCAAGAAGGGAUUAAACUCUCAUCUGGAUGAUU